UCCCCACUGUGGAGUUCUUCUUCAAAAUACCAACAAAUGGGAAAAUACACCAACGCCCAAUACUGGAUAACACCAAUUACCUCUUUAAAACAAAGUAUUGCAAAACUGCACCAAAAACUGGAUUGGUAUCCUAAUAUUUUUAAAAAAAUGAUAUCUCAAUUUGGACAAAAUCCUAAACUAUGGGCAUUUUGAAUGAAAGUGCGUGGACUUUGAUUGCCAGUUCUCCUUAACAGGGAUACAUUUGUGGACGGGGCGUCUCUUCAAAUUGCAGGAUUCAACAUCACUGAAUUGGCAUGCAUAGUAAAAACUGUGCAUCCACAAAAGACAUUAUAGCCGACUUCAUUUCGUUUUAUUUUUAAUUCUCCUACACAACAUGUGAAUAGUUGCUGUUUUGCCGGUGAAGUAAAUUAAGCUUUUCUUUAAGCAGUUGCAAAGAUGACUUUUUUAGAAUUGAUCAAUAAGAGCUACAAUGGAAACCACUCAAGAGACGCGUUCAACCAGUCCCUUUUGGUUAACCUUUUUACGAAUGACAACAACGCCAACUCAACCGAACUAUCCUUGGACCCUCAAUCAAUUGGUAUCGGUGUCUUACUUGCUGUUUUUAUCUUAUUUGCGAUUGUGGGAAAUAUCUUAGUAAUACUUUCAGUAAUCUGCAACAGACACUUACAAACUGUAACGAAUUAUUUCAUCAUUAACCUAGCCAUUGCAGAUUUACUGCUGAGCAUCAUUGUACUGCCUUUCUCUGCGUCUUUGGAAGUCUUGAGGUUUUGGGUAUUCGGCAGGAUUUUCUGCAACAUCUGGGCAGCUGUUGAUGUGCUUUGCUGCACCGCUUCCAUAAUGAGCCUGUGCGUAAUUUCAAUAGACAGGUACAUAGGAGUAAAAUAUUCUCUCAAAUACCCGACUAUUAUGACUGAGAAAAAAGCGGUGGUAAUCUUGAUUGUGGUCUGGGUGUCGUCUAUGGUUAUCUCAAUCGGACCGCUUUUAGGAUGGAAGGAACCCCCGCCUUCAGACGCGAGCGUCUGCAGCAUCACCGAAGAGCCGGGGUAUGCGCUCUUCUCGUCUUUGUUUUCGUUCUACCUGCCGUUGAUGGUCAUCCUGGUGAUGUAUUUCAGGAUCUACGUUGUAGCCAGGAGGACCACCAAAAGCCUGGAGGCAGGGGUAAAAAGGGAAAGGAACAAGUCAAAGGAAGUGGUUCUUAGGAUUCACUGUAGAAGUGUCCUGGAGGAAGCUGCUGCUAGCUCAAAGAAUAAGAACCACCCGUUCCGAAGUUCGCUCUCCGUGCGCCUUCUAAAGUUUUCAAGGGAAAAGAAAGCUGCUAAGACCCUGGCGAUUGUGGUUGGGGUUUUCAUUCUCUGCUGGUUCCCUUUUUUCUUUGUUUUGCCAUUUGGUUCUUUCUUCCCAGCUCUGAAACCAUCUGAAAUGGUUUUCAAAGUGAUCUUCUGGUUGGGCUACUUCAACAGCUGUGUAAACCCUAUCAUUUACCCCUGCUCCAGCAAAGAGUUUAAGAGAGCUUUCAUAAGACUUCUCAAGUGUCAGUGCCAGAGGAGGAAACGCCCUUUGUGGAGAUUCUACGACCAAAGGUGGAGAACAUCUGCCAACGGCUCAGGGCGAGAAUCCUAUGGUGACAUCAAGCCCAGAUUCUCCCCCAACAAUUCUUUCUCACUUAAUAACUCUUUUAUGUACAACAACAAGAGGAGAACUCUUAGUCUUCAGGGGUGGAAACUCUUCCCCCCUUUUCAGAAGUCGCCUUUCCAGCUGAAGGAAAAAAUGAACAAUAUCUCAAACAAGAUUAAGAUGGGGCCUAGCAAAAGCAGUGUGCCCAGCCUCAGCAAGGCUGAAAUAGAGUCUGUUUCGAUGGGAAUCUGCAGUGAUUUUGCAGAGCAGAAUGACUAUCAAAUGUAUGAUCUAUCUGACUGCUAUGGGCUCAGAGAAACUGAUAUAUAAGAAGCCAAACCUCCAGUGCCAUGUACAGUAUAUCUUUUGAAUUGUUGUAUGAAGAUACAAAACUUAGAAAAGCAAACAUAUAGAGAGUCGCUCAUAGGCAGUGAACAACAGUUUAGGCCUUUCUUAUUUGAGGCCUGCAUGGGUUUGGUUUAACACAAUACUGGUAGUAAAUUACAAAAGUUGAUCAGAUUUAAGCACAAAAUAGGCCUGAUGUCAAGCAUAACAAUUUAAUGAAUACAUUAUUUGUUUAAUGUAGGGUGUGGGGGAAUUGAGUAUUCUUUUUUCCACUGAACAUUUUGUGUGCAGAUUUUAGCAAACUAAACAGCAUUCCAGUUUUAUGGAAUGCUAGAGGGGAACAAUUGUUUUAUGAAGAGAAUGUACCAAGGUCUUUAGAAUACUUGUAAAAUAGGUAACUCCCAUACACAGAACCGUUAUUGAAGUUUUAGAAAGAGAAGGAGGAAAGAAUAGCUAUGUUUAAAACUACUUUUAGGACCCAUAAUGGAACACAAUAGUGUCAUCGCACCUUCAUUAUACUAUUAUUUUUCUAAAUUUUGGAUAUGCUAUUUUAAGGAAUGGUACAGCGUUAAGAGGGUAUUUUGGAUUGAUUAGAUUUGUACCUUGUUAAACAUGACAUUGGGAGCUCAUCGUGAUUUGAAAAUUGUACAAAGUGAAUUGCAUUUAGUUUAGAUAAAUCUGAUAUUUCAUAUCCAUACAAAGUUGCUCUUUAAACAUAGAAUUGUAUUGGGCUACAUUUACAUAUGAGGGAAUUACUUAACCUUCAAUCAACAAGUUGAAACAGUGAAGUGUACUAUAUGCUCACCACCAGUUGUUAGUGUAUUUUAGUGUAUUAUUUUGGAAAAAAAUAUACUUGUUGUAUACUACAUUUUAUAAGGUUGUGCUUUGGGCAGUUGGCAUCCUGCAGGGUACUUUAUUUGACAGUAAUGCAGGAGUUCCUGUAUCCAAAUUCCCAUUCUGGUUUAGAGGGAAACCUGUUUAAUUUGAGCCAGAGCAAACUGAAAACUCAGAGCUGUGGAGUACCUGCCUCCCCCUUCCAGCAGGUGUCACUGGUAUGCUGCUGGCCUUUUUUUCUUUCUUAUAGUCACAGAUACCAAACUGUAAAAGAAUACAUUUUAAAAUGUUUAACAAGGUAAUUUCAUGAACCGUACCUGUCACCAACACCAUUCACCAUAUAGGUCUGAAACGUGCAGUUUAAAAGAAAAACAUGGUAUAGCAAACAUGUACUUUCAUUUUAAAACGUGACAUUUUGACCUACGGUAGAUGAAAGGGAAUUCUCAGUUUGCUUGUCUUGUCUUUCAGGAAAUCCGUUACUGCUUCACAUCACUUCCUAAGUCAUUUCACCCGAGCAGUGUCUUCUUUGCACCCGCACAGCAGGUCAGUCAUUCGGGGAAGCAGCUGGUUGGUAAAAUCACUGUGAGAUGUUAAAAAAAGGGUAAAGAAUAUUUCUUGACAAACCACCCAUGUUUAUUUGAUAAACAUCAGCUUCAUGUGCUGUCUUUUAAGCAGGCGGCACAUAUAAACUUUAAUAGCUGGGCCAUGGCAGUGAGGUGUUCUAGCCAAGCUCAGCUCCCAUGUGAAAUGCCAUUUAGUAACUGCAAGCAAUUGGCUGAGAUUUUGUUUCUGUGGUUUCCCGGGGGUGUACUCUGCAAUGUUCUUAGACACAGCUUGUGACUAACCAGCUUCUGACCUUAGUAUAGGGAGGCUAUUAGAACCUAAUUCAAAUAGCUUGUCAUCAACGGCAUGGUAAUCCAAUUAAAACCCAUACAAUUCCGCAUACAUCCUGUUAAUUUCCCAAAGCAUCGAUUCCGCAAAAGAUUGAACCAAGCCAAAAAUGUGAUCUCCUUUUCUUACAUACAAAUACUGCAGUUUGUCGUAUAUACGUGCAGCAAUUUCAACACAAUUCAGCAGUACUGCAAAAGUAUUAAUUGCACAGACUUUGCAUAUGCUCAAUACUGUCUUGUAAGGUUUAUGGUUAAAAGUCAUGUAUUUUGCUUUGCAUCAGUUCCAUACCUUGUUUAUUGUUUACAAACUGUCCCUGUACUUAGAUGUGUAAUAUUUACAUUA